GAACAUGAAAGCAGCCAUUAAAAGAUCCAUUAAUAUCUCCCCCAAUCAAGCUGCUAAAAUAGAAAGACGUUACACCUACAUGUCGGCUUUAGCGGCCAAUACUUCAUGGUACAUGUGUACUGGAAAGCCAUGUUGGUGAAGUAUUGUUGUUGCCCAUGUAAAAUCAUGACGUGACUUCCAAGAGCAUAGCGCGGGAAAAUAGUACAACAACGAACAUGACAUUCAUCCCUCAUUUCUUAUUCCUCAUUCGCACUUGCUCCCUCACUCUCUUCUCCACUCUCUUCUCCCCUCACUCUCCACUCUUCAUUUCAACAUUCCUCAAAAUCAUGUUAUUUCCUGAAGACUUUGACUCACGGCUGACCUCUGUCUACAACUCUGCAAAGGAGUCCGGCAGCCUUAUUUUCACUACCACGGAUACCCAUAUGUCCCAGGAAACUGAAUAUGAUAUCCUUUGUGAGAUUGCUUAUGCACCUGCGUUGGCAUUGAAGCCUCAAGGCGUAGUCCCUGAAGCAGAAUCGCGGCCGGCUACCCCCAAGGUCGAAAAAAAGUCCAACCCAUUCCUACCUCAUGACCCUACACUCUUUGUCAUGGAUAUUGGGGAAGAGCAUAUGGCCCUCCUGAACAAAUUUUGUGUUGUCCCCAGGCACUUCCUUGUCGUGACAAAAGACUUUCAGAAACAAACGGAUCCUCUCUCGCCCAACGACCUACUUGCGGUCUGGGGAGCAUUGAAUGCUGUCAAGUGUCCUGGUGACGCUGUCGCUUUCUACAACUGUGGGGCGCGUUCUGGUGCCAGUCAGCCGCACAAGCAUAUGCAAGUCAUUCCACUUGAUCGUCCUGCACCCAUUGCGGCCCUUGUCCGUAAUCUUGCUAAAGCUCAACCUGGCAGGAAGGAAAAGCGUCCAGGCGACAUGUUUUCAGCUCCAUUCAAUUGCAUCAAUCAUAUCACUCUUCUCCAGGACCCUGCUGCCACAAAUAAAAGCCAAGAGGAUGUGCUUCUUGACGCUUAUAUAUCACUCAUGGAUGCCAUGCACACGUCAUUGCGUGAAUAUGCAGAGCAGGAAGGUCUCUCAGAGGACGAGCAGCGCCAAGUUACGUCUAAAGUUUCUUACAAUUGGCUUUUGACUUCUAAAUUCAUGAUGAUCGUUCCAAGGCGUCAGGAGGCUACAAACCCAUACCCGGACGCUAUCUCUGGCAUCUCCAUCAAUAUAAAUUCACUUGGAUUUGCUGGCUUAGUUUUGACAAAGAGGGAUGAAGAGAUGAAAAUGGUGAAGGAAAAAGGCGGUGUAUUCGCACUGGUCUCCGAGACAGGCUUCUCAUUCAAACAAAACACAAAGAAAACUCCUGAAGAAGAGGAGCUGAUGAAUCAAAAAAAGAAGGAGCAAGAGCAAUUACUGGAAAAGCAAAUAGGGGGUGCGUUGUUAAACCUUGAUCAAUAAUGUAUUAUCUUAAAAAGACGUAGAGCAUAGAUAUUAUUAUUAUAUACAUAGUUGAAUAUUAAAAUGACUCGUAUAUGUUCAGG